CUUGUUCUCUUCUAAAAAGCCAACUUGAAGUGCACCACUUGUUUUCAGUUCUCUCUCUCUCUUUCUCUCAGAGAUCCACAGCCACUUCCACAGAAACAACAACUUUUAUCAUUCUGCUCUGCAAACUUUAACUUUCUUUUCUUGUUUUUGCCUCUUGGCUUUAGACAGCAGCCAUUAAGAAAUUAUUGAAAUAGGAGUAGAGAUCAUCGCCUCUGCUUUAGAUUCUUCAAAAUUUAGUAUUUUCCGUUUUCAGUAUACAAUACCCAUUUCGCCUUCAUCUGUAAAUUGUUCUUUUCCAGCUACUACAUUUUAGUCUCCGCCAUAUUUUUUGCCCACGCACUCUUCUAUCCUCCCUUUUCCUCUUCCUCUGUUGCAUCUCGAUAUUAAGCCUGUUUUAAAUUUACUCACUUUAGCCCCAGAAGCUUUAAAGUUUACAGCUUUAUCAGCUCUGCACUGAUUUUCCUUUUGAUCCUAUCACAGAAGUGUCUCAGAGUUAUUUUCCUGUGUCCUUUUGUUUUUUGGAAUUCGGUUUCAGCUUUGUUGGGCUCUUUCUGAUCUCAGCUUUAUUCAUCUGGGUUAACCUUAUUUGGCCUCGGUAAAACUGGGGUUGAGCUUGCUAUUUUUUUUUUCUCUAUUCCUUCUGAUUGGAGCUGCGGUGCCAGUUGCAACCUCUUUUUGAUUAAUUACCGUCGAGGUGUUUUGAUGCUUUCUUGCCAAGAUGCAGCCUGAUCAACGAAAGAAGUCAUCUGUUGAUGUAGAUUUUUUCACACAAUAUGGGGAGGGGAGCAGGUACAGAAUAGAGGAAGUAAUUGGUAAAGGAAGCUAUGGUGUUGUUUGUUCUGCUUAUGAUACACAUAUCGGAGAAAAGGUUGCUAUCAAGAAAAUAAAUGACAUCUUUGAACAUGUUUCUGAUGCCACCCGCAUACUUCGAGAGAUUAAACUUCUCAGGCUCCUGCGUCAUCCCGAUAUAGUGGAGAUCAAGCAUAUUUUGUUGCCUCCUUCCAGAAGGGAAUUUAAGGACAUUUAUGUUGUCUUUGAGUUGAUGGAAUCUGAUUUACACCAAGUUAUUAAAGCAAAUGAUGAUUUAACUCCUGAACAUUAUCAAUUCUUUCUUUAUCAACUUCUCAGAGGCCUGAAAUACAUACACACAGCCAAUGUCUUUCAUCGGGAUCUAAAACCGAAAAAUAUCUUAGCAAAUGCUGACUGCAAGCUGAAAAUCUGUGACUUUGGGCUUGCAAGAGUAGCAUUUAAUGAUACCCCAACAGCCAUUUUCUGGACAGACUAUGUGGCAACCAGGUGGUAUAGGGCUCCUGAACUGUGUGGAUCAUUUUUCUCAAAGUAUACACCAGCAAUAGACAUAUGGAGCAUUGGAUGCAUCUUUGCUGAACUUUUGACAGGGAAACCUCUUUUCCCUGGGAAAAACGUUGUCCAUCAACUGGAUCUAAUGACCGAUUUGUUGGGAACACCAUCAGCUGAAGCCAUUGCUAGGUCUUUUGCUAAAGUAAUAAUAUUAUACCACAAGGUGCGUAAUGAGAAAGCUCGAAGAUACUUAAGCAGCAUGCGGAAGAAGAAGUCUAUUCCUUUCUCCCAUAAGUUUCCUAAUGCAGAUCCCCUUGCACUUCGUUUAUUGGAAAAAAUGUUGGCAUUUGAACCCAAGGAUCGACCGACUGCUGAAGAGGCUCUUGCGAAUCCAUAUUUUAAGGGUUUGGCCAAAGUCGAGAGAGAGCCUUCUGCUCAACCAGUUACUAAGAUGGAAUUUGAAUUUGAGAGACGAAGGAUAACAAAGGAAGAUGUACGAGAGCUCAUUUACAGAGAAAUUCUUGAGUACCACCCUAAAAUGUUGAAAGAAUACUUAGAAGGUUCAGAGCCAACAGGGUUCAUGUAUCCAAGUGCUGUUGACCAUUUUAAGAAGCAAUUCGCUUACCUUGAGGAACACUAUGGAAAUGGUGCAACUGCUGCUCCACCCGAGAGGCAGCACGCAUCCUUGCCCAGGCCAUGCGUGUUAUAUUCAAAUAAUACAGUACAGAAUUCGGCGGAAGUAACAAAUGAUCUUUCCAAAUGCUCUAUCAAAGAUACUGAGAAGCCACGUAUGGACCAUAGUGGUGGGAUCCCAAUGACAAGGCUCCCUCUUCAAGUUCCUCAAAUUAUCCAAGCAGGUGCUGCAAGACCUGGGAAAGUUGUUGGUUCAGCAAUGCGAUAUAACAAUUGUGGGGUUGCAGUAACAGCAGAAGCUCUUGAUCAACGAAGAAUAGUCAGGAAUCCAGCUAUUUCAAAUCAAUAUACUGCUUCAAACUGUUCAUAUCCGAGAAGAAAUCCAGUCUGUAAAAGUGAAAGGGGAGAAGAUGAAGGUGAAGGCUCGAAUGGAUUGCAGCCAAAGCCUCAGUACAUGGCCAGGAAAGUUGCAGCUGCUCAAGGUGGACCUGGGAAUCACUGGUAUUGAUGAUGUGGGGAUGUGGAAAAACCUGAAAGUUUGGCCGCCUAUAACCAACCUAGCGGUUACCGUCAUUGGAGCAUCAUUUCAUGGAUUGAUAUGGCUCCACCUUGUAUGUUUCUAAUGCUGUGAUAUGGUGGCGUUCUCUACCAGCUCAAUUGCUUGAGGAGAUUUGAGGACUGAGGCUUGAGUUGGAGGAUGUUAGGCAGCAAAUUGUAAUUUGUAUCACUAAUUUACGGUUGAACGGGUUCUUUGGUGCUUAACAUUCAUGACAAAAUAGCUAUAUCAGAUUUUAUUUCCAGUUUUUGGAAGAUAAAAGCAUGCAAUUUCUUCCUUUCUACUCGCUGUCGGGGCCAAAGCCCCGAGUAUGGUUGUAUCAUACCGCUUAUGUUAUUUUAUACCUGAAAUAAGUAUCUUCUCUUCUUGAA